AAUUGUCUUCUCUGCUACGAACUUUCCCUUCCUCAGCUUAUAAAUCCGCGUUUCGAGCUUCCUUGCUCCGUUCGAAUCUCAAACACCUUUGCGCUCUCAUUCAAACUGCUCGUCUGAUCACCGUCUCCUCAAACUGUAAGUAAACAAAGUUGCCAUAUAUUUCGCAUCAUAUUAGCUUAGUGAUCAAAUUAGAUUUUGGAUCUUCUGGCUUUAUUAAUUUUAUUUUCCCCAUAUAUUAUUACCCAUUUUUUUGUAUACCCAAUUUUUUUCUUAGCUUUCUGAAGAUCAACGGGGUCGUACAUAAAUUUUUCUUUUCUUUGUUUUUUUUUUUUGGUCAAAGAGAUUUCUUUAUCUGGGUGUGGUUGUUUAGCUGUGCAAAUGACUACUGGUAGCUAUCUUGGGAUCUCUACCAUGAAGCCUUGUUGUAAAAUCUUGAGUAGCUGUAAAAGCUCCUCUCUUUUCCGGUUUUCUCCAACCAAGUUUAAUGAUUCAAUCAUGGACAUCUUGUCCAAAUCAUAUCCCAAACCCGUGCGUCGGCAUAGAUACCAUACCUGUAAUAAUAAUCAAAUUGUAAGAUGUAUUCAUACAAUCAAUCUGAAUCGGAGAGAUUUUAGCACUUCCGGUUCAAAUUGUGGUCACUCUGGAAUUUUUUGUAAUAGUUGUGUCAAUAUAGGCAGUUAUAGGGGCAUUUCAUUGCUACCGAAUGCAGUUUCGGAUUUUAGAAACCAUUCUACAUCGGUUGAUUCUCAUGUUAGUGACACAAGCUUUGAGAAGAUUUAUAUUCAAAGUGGAUUAAACGUGAAGCCCUUGGUGUUUGAAAGAAUUGAAACUGGUCAAAGUAAAUUGGAGGAAGUCCCUGAAGAUAGAACUAAUGAGUCAAAUGUAAAUAUAGAUAAUUUGAAUGGUUUGAAUGAGAGUAAGGUUGAGAGGGAGGUGUUUGAUAUUGAAAAGGAAGCUUGGAAGCUGCUUCGAGGUGCUGUUGUCACAUAUUGUGGGAAUCCAGUUGGGACUGUUGCAGCUAAUGAUCCUACGGACAAACAACCAUUGAAUUAUGAUCAGAUCUUUAUUCGUGAUUUUGUUCCAUCAGCACUUGCCUUUUUGCUCAACGGUGAAGGAGAGAUUGUCAAGAAUUUUCUACUUCACACACUGCAAUUGCAGAGUUGGGAGAAGACUGUCGACUGUUACAGUCCAGGACAAGGGCUGAUGCCAGCAAGCUUCAAAGUUAGAACUGUGUCUCUUGAUGGAAGCAAUGAAGCAUUUGAGGAGGUUUUGGAUCCGGAUUUUGGUGAAUCAGCUAUUGGCCGUGUCGCACCUGUUGAUUCUGGAUUGUGGUGGAUCAUUUUGUUGAGAGCUUAUGGGAAGCUCACUGGCGAUUAUGCGUUGCAAGAAAGAGUGGAUGUCCAGACAGGCAUGAGACUAAUUCUUAAGCAGUGUCUGACUGAUGGAUUUGAUAUGUUUCCUACUUUACUGGUCACCGAUGGUUCCUGCAUGAUUGAUAGACGGAUGGGUAUUCAUGGUCACCCUCUUGAGAUCCAAGCAUUAUUUUAUUCAGCCUUACGCUGCUCACGUGAGAUGCUGAUUGUCAGUGAUGCAACCAAGAGUUUGGUUGCUGCUAUUAAUAAUCGCCUAAGCGCUCUUUCUUUCCACAUGAGAGAAUAUUAUUGGGUUGAUAUAAAGAAGAUUAAUGAAAUAUAUCGUUACAAGACAGAAGAGUAUUCUAACGAUGCUGUUAACAAGUUUAACAUCUAUCCGGAGCAAAUUCCUUCUUGGUUAGUAGACUGGAUCUCUGAGGAAGGUGGAUACUUCAUUGGCAAUUUGCAACCUGCUCACAUGGACUUCAGGUUUUUCACACUUGGAAAUCUUUGGACCAUCAUAUCUUCUUUAGGCACAACAAAACAGAAUAGGGGCAUUUUGAAUUUAAUAGAGGACAAAUGGGACGAUCUUGUCGCUCAAAUGCCUCUCAAGAUAUGUUAUCCUGCCCUGGAGAGUGAUGAAUGGAGCAUAAUCACUGGUAGUGACCCUAAGAACACCCCGUGGUCAUAUCACAAUGGGGGAUCAUGGCCAACACUUCUCUGGCUGUUCACUUUAGCCUGCAUCAAGAUGGGACGGCCUGAUUUGGCGCAGAAGGCCAUUGAUGCGGCAGAGAGAAGACUUCCUGUAGAUGGAUGGCCCGAGUAUUAUGAUACUCGAAAUGGAAAGUUUAUAGGGAAGCAGUCCCGGCUUAGGCAAACGUGGACAAUUGCUGGCUUGCUGACCUCGAAGAUGCUUUUAGAGAAUCCAGAGAAGGCAUCCUUGCUGUUCUGGGAGGAGGAUUUUGAAGUCCUUCAGUCUUGUGUCUGCAUGCUCAAAAAGAGUGGGAGAAGCAAGUGUUCCCGUUUCGGUUCAAGAUCUCGAUUUGCUGUCUAAUGGGAAGCAGUGCCUGUUUUACCCUGCAUGUUCACCUCUCUUCAGUCUGUCUAGCGGCCACCCACGGCCGCCCCUUGGAUUAAAAAUAGUUGAUUUAAGUUAGAGUUCACACCUUAACACUAAAUCUCUUCCAUUUAUUAUCAAAGAUCAUAGAAUUGUUCUAAGCCUGUUGUCUUGUUAUUUGAUGACAACGGCUAGGUUGGUCAUGUAACUUAUGUUGUAUCAAUUAGCUAUGCAGACAAAAUUCCAUUCAGAUGCUCAUCUUUUAAGGAGAUCCGACUGAUUGUUUAUAUGUAGUUGAAAUGUUAAACGUUAUCUUUCGUCA